CUCUGUCACUUCAAACACUCAAAGCCCACAAAAUCAGAAAUGCAAAACAGAACUGGGUAUCUGUUCCUACGCAUCGAAAGAUUGUUGGUUUUGAUUUGGUCAGUGAAGAGUUUUACAAUGUGCCUAUCCUGAGUAUGACUAUGGCAGCCCUAGACGGUCUUACUGUAGCUGCUAGUUAUAAGAAUGGUUGUGUUGAUGUGUGGGUUAUGAAGGAGUACGGAGUCAAGGAUUCUUGGAUUAAGGCAAUUUCUAUGAUGCAAGAAAAAGUACCUCGUUCUUCUUCUAUAAAUAAUAUAGAAAAAUUCGAAGUGUUUCCUUUGGCAUACUCAAGAGGCGGUGACAAAUUGUUAGUUAAUUGGCGUGGUAAUUUGUUUUGGUAUGACUUGAAAAGUGAAGAGGCUGAGUUUGAUGAUGGACAAGGCGUUUUAGUAGAUGGAAAUGUGAAGAUAAUAACUGCGAGUCUUGUUUCACUUGAGGACAGAAGUGAAGUUGAUGGGAAGAGGAAACAAAUUGUUGUGGAAGAUGAGAAUUCCAAGAAUAACAAAAAGAGGAGGAACAAGAGGCAAGAAGUGAGGAUGCUUGAAGAUUAGGUAAAUAAUGCUCUUGCUCAAGUUUUUUUCUUUGCUUGUAAGUAGUACUUGUUUUGAAAAUAUUUCUGGUACCCUAUUUUGCAUGUGCCGAUGAAAUGUAGCCUGGAAAACAAUAUUUGAAGUAGGAAACAAAAAAUAUUUGAUGUUUCUAUAUAUAUAUAUAUAUAUAUAUAUAUAUUUUAACUGUACCUUUUUUGUGUUUUCUCUCAGAUUAUUGCAGGCAAAUAGUUGUGGUUGGACAUAUUUGAUGGUCUGAAUCGGAAAUGGAGAAGAGAAGUGCUGGGAAUGCUUUGCCUGAAUUUUUUUGUUUUAUAUAUGCUUUGAUUCUAUUUCAUAUAUUUUGUCUGUUGAAGCCUACUGCAUUAAUUUGUGUGUGUUUAUAUCGCAUGCCUAUUGCCUAUGUGGAAACAAACUUCUAGUGAAGUUCUUUGUUUGAUGUUCCGCCCCUUUCUCAAAAUUC